AUGGCGAAUCCUGGGGGUGCGGCAGGCACUAAUGCCCUGGCUUCUCUGUGGAGUGAUGUGAACAAAGCUGGACAGAACGGGGACUUCACCAGGGCGCUGAAGUCUAUCAAUAAAAUAUUGCAGGUGGCAAAGGAUGAUGUCAAAGCGUUGCACUGUAAAGUGGUUUGCCAUAUUCAGAAUGGAAGCUUUAAAGAAGCCCUUACUGUAAUUAACAACAACGCUAAAGUGCUAACUAGUGACAUAAUCGCCUUUGAAAAGGCAUACUGUGAGUACAGAUUAAACAAAAUUGAGAAUGCCUUGAAAACCAUAGAAAACACCCCUCAGAAGACAGAUAAACUGAAGGAACUCCAAGGACAAGUGCUAUAUAGGUUGGAACGGUAUGAAGAAUGCUUAUCAGUUUAUCGAGAUAUCAUUCGUAAUUCACAAGAUGACUAUGAUGAAGAGAGGCAAACAAAUCUUUCUGCUGUAGUUGCUGCUAUGAGUCUUUGGGAGAAGAAAACAACCGAAGACUACGGUUUGCAAGAGACCUCUUAUGAACUAUGCUUCAAUGCUGCCUGCGAUUUAUUAGGGCAGGGAAAGCUGAAUGAAGCAUUAGAAAAACUGCGGGAAGCAGAACAGCUCUGCAGAGAGUCAAUUUCAGAAGACUCGGACUUGACAGAAGAAGAUAUAGAGUCAGAACUGGCAAUAAUUCAUGGACAGAUGGCCUAUGUCAAGCAGCUGCAGGGUUCCAUUGAUGAUGCUCUUCAGCUUUAUAACCAAAUUAUCAAAUUAAAGCCUACUGAUGUCGGUCUGUUGGCUGUUGUGGCAAAUAACAUCAUCACAAUUAACAAGGACCAAAAUGUAUUUGAUUCAAAGAAGAAAGUAAAACUUACAAAUGCUGAGGGAGUGGAGCAUAAACUGGCCAGGAAACAACUCCAAGCCAUAGAAUUUAACAAAGCUUUGUUGUCCAUGCAUACAAACCAGGCUGAACAGUGUCGAAAGUUGGCUACCGCUUUACAAAAUCAGAAACCUGAACAUCUCCUUCCUGUGCUCAUUCAAGCUGCUCAGCUGUGUCGGGAGAAGCAGCAUGCAAAAGCUAUAGAGUUGCUGCAGGAAUUCGCUGACCUGCAUCCUGAUAAUGCAGCACAAAUCAAACUUACAAUGGCACAGCUAAAACUUGCACAAGGUAAUGUAACCAAGGCAUGUAUAAUUAUGAAAAGUAUCAAAGAACUGGAACAUAAGCCUGGCAUGGUGUCUGCCCUUGUUAGUAUGCACAGUCAUGAUGAGGAUAUUGACAGCGCCAUAGAGGUCUUCAACCAAGCUAUUAGCUGGUAUCAGGAAAAUCAACCAAAUUCUCCAGCUCACCUCUCAUUAAUAAGGGAAGCUGCUAAUUUCAAAUUGAAGCAUGGACGAAAGAAGGAAGCAAUCAAUGAUCUCGAGCAAAUAUGGAAGCAGAAUCCCAAGGAUACCCAUACUUUGGCUCAACUCAUCUCUGCAUACUCACUCGUGGAUGCUAAUAAAGCAAAAGUUCUAAGCGAACAUUUACCCUCUUCAGACACUAUGCGCUUAAAAGUGGAUGUGGAUGCCUUAGAAAACUCAGCUGGAGUCACGUUUAUUCGAAAGAAGCCUGCUAAAGCUGCUGGAGAGCAAGCUAAGGAACAAGGACAAGGGGACCUUAAGAAAAAGAAGAAAAAGAAGAAAGGUAAACUACCGAAGAAUUGUGAUCCCAAAGUCACUCCAGAUCCAGAAAGAUGGCUUCCCAUGAGAGAGCGUUCGUAUUACCGUGGUAGGAAGAAGGGGAAGAAGAAGGAGCAGAUUGGAAAAGGAACUCAAGGGGCCACAUCAGCUGCAGCAGCUGAACUGGAUGCAAGUAAAACUGCUAGUAGUCCUCCAACCUCUCCAAGGCCUGGGGUGGCAGCAGCAGGUGCUGGUUCAUCCUCUACAAGCAAUGUCAUCCCUCCCAGACAGUCAAAGCCCGUGGGAGCUGCUGGCACAAAGAAAAAAAACAGCAACAAAAGAAAAAGAAAGGAGGGAAAAACAACUGGU